AUGGCCGACGACGAGGAGACGCAGAUCCGGGAGCUUCAGGCGGCACGCCAAGCAGCAGCUGCCACUUCGAAGGACAAAGCAGCUUUUGGCAAAGCGACAGCUGGAGAUCCAGAUGUCUAUGGAGGCCGCAAGAAGUCGGAUUACGUGAACGAGAUAGAUGUUGGUGGGAAUGGGCAUGGUACUAGCGAUGAUGACGAGGAUGACACGUCAGGCACAGGAAGAAGAAAGAACCCGCUGGACGCUUUUACUGCGCCUCAACACCUUCUACACGAAUACGCCAACGAUGACGAGGAUCCCAUCCAGGAUGCUGCCAAGCAGCGGCAGAUCGCGAGCAGGCAGAGCGACUACCAGCUACGCAGGUUCAACCGCGAUCUAGAAUCGGAGAAGGGCAGCGACGCCCUUGCAGGAGAGGGCGAAGGCGGCUACAAGGAAGCAAUGAGGAGGGCCGAAAUUGAGAGGGAGGAAGAGAGAGUGCGAAGAAUCAUAGCAGAUAAGGAGAGAGAGAAGCAGGAGCUCAAUGGACGAGGCGAUCAAGCGCUUGAUGGUGACAAGACGCCUCCUGCUCAAGCGCCAGACGCUACACCCCGUGUGGGCCGCAAGCGACGGUGGGAUGCUGCGCCUAGCGACGUGUCCACCGCACGCGAGCCCACAGACAGCGGAUACAGCGAGGGAGAGGGGCCAACCGAUGCAACACCCCGCAAGCGAAGAUCUCGAUGGGAUCAGACACCGGUGGCGGGUGAUGCUACUGGCCCCGGAGAGACACCCAAGCGCUCGAGGUGGGAUCAGACACCAGUCGGCACGACCAACGGUGGGACAGGAUCCGUCGGCAUGCAGACGCCAGUGGCUGGCGGCUUGCUGGAUGGAUCGUUUGCAGUCGAUCCCAGGAACAGGUAUCUCACGGAUGAAGAGCUGGAUCAAUUGCUGCCCAGCGAAGGGUACACAAUCGUUGCGCCACCAGCCGACUACGCUCCCAUUCGUACACCAGCCCGCAAGCUCAUGGCUACACCUGCACCAGGCGACGGAGGUGGUUUCAUGAUGAUGGACGAAGCUCAGUCACGCGCCCUCGCCGAGGAAAUGGCUCCAGAAUUGCCAACGGAUAUCCCUGGCGUUGGUCAACUCGCUUUCUUCAAGGCAGAGGAUCAGACUUACUUCAAGAAGAUUCUGUCUGGUGGUGACGAUGAACCAAGCUUGAGCAUGGAGGAGCUGAAAGAAAGGCGUAUCAUGCGUCUCCUACUCAAGAUCAAGAAUGGAACGCCGGCUAUGCGUAAGACGGCGCUAAGGCAAAUCACGGACAAGGCGCGAGAAUUUGGUGCGGGCCCGCUCUUCGACAAGAUCUUGCCUUUGCUGAUGGAGCGUACGCUCGAGGAUCAAGAGCGUCACUUGCUCGUCAAGGUCAUCGACCGCGUCCUGUACAAGCUCGACGAUCUCGUCAGACCAUACGUCCACCGAAUCUUGGUCGUCAUCGAACCUCUUCUGAUAGACGAAGACUACUACGCGCGUGUGGAAGGCCGAGAGAUCAUCUCCAAUCUGUCAAAAGCGGCCGGCCUUGCUCACAUGAUUUCGACGAUGCGACCUGACUUGGAUCACGUAGAUGAAUACGUGCGCAAUACGACAGCUCGAGCCUUCAGCGUCGUGGCUUCUGCAUUGGGCAUUCCGGCUUUGCUGCCAUUUCUCAAAGCGGUUUGUCGCAGUAAAAAGAGCUGGCAAGCGCGCCACACUGGUAUCCGGAUCAUUCAACAGAUUGCCAUCAUGAUGGGCUGUGCUGUUUUGCCGCACCUCAAAAAUCUUGUCGACUGCGUCGAAAAGGGUUUGGAGGAUGAUCAGCAAAAAGUCAAAACCAUGACGGCGCUGGCUCUUGCUGCGCUUGCGGAAGCUGCUGCGCCGUACGGUAUCGAGAGCUUUGAGAAUGUACUCAAGCCGCUCUGGACCGGCAUUCGUCAGCACCGUGGAAAAGGCCUGGCGGCUUUUCUGAAAGCUAUCGGCUUCAUCAUCCCACUUAUGGACUCUGACACGACCCUCUACUUCGUCAAGGAAGUUACGCCAACCCUCAUCCGAGAGUUUCAGAGCGCUGACGAAGAGAUGAAAAAGAUUGUGCUCAAGGUGGUCAAGCAGUGCGCUGCGACGGACGGCGUAACGGGCGCUUUCCUGCGUGAUGAUCUGCUGCCCGACUUCUUCAAGUCGUUCUGGGUUCGCCGUAUGGCGCUCGACAGACGCAAUUAUCGUCAAGUUGUAGAGGCCACCGUCGAGCUUGCGAACAAGGUUGGUGUCUCUGACGUCGUUGGCCGCAUCGUGGACGGACUCAAGGACGAAAGCGAGCCGUUCCGCAAGAUGUGCAUGGAGACCAUUCAGCACGUCAUUGGCAAUCUUGGCGCUGCGGACAUCGAUGAACAACUGGAGACACGACUGGUAGAUGGGCUGAUCUAUGCCUUCCAGGAGCAGACCAACGAGGACAAGGUCAUGCUCGAUGGCUUCGGAGUGGUCGUCAAUGCUCUCGGUCUACGGGUGCGACCUUACUUGACUCAGAUCGUCUCGACGGUCUUGUGGCGUCUCACCAACAAGAACGCCAAGACGCGCCAGCAAGCUGCAGAUCUCACCACGAAGCUAGCGAUUGUAGUGAAGCAAUGCGGCGAAGACGCACUGCUGUCCAAGCUGGGUGUCGUGCUCUUCGAGCAUCUGGGUGAAGAGUUUCCCGAGACGUUGGCCAGCAUCAUCGAGGCUGAGGCUGCCAUUGCCAACGUCGUCGGCAUGACCCAGAUGAGCCCGCCGAUCAAGGACCUCCUACCGCGCAUGACUCCUAUCCUGCGCAACAGACACGAGAAGGUGCAAGAAGCCAGCAUCAACUUGAUCGGUCGUAUCGCAGAUAGAGGCGCUGAAUUUGUUAGCGCAAGAGAGUGGAUGCGCAUUUGCUUUGAGCUGCUGGAUCUUCUCAAGGCACACAAAAAAGCAAUUCGUCGAGCAGUGAGUAGUGCAGAAUUUGCGAUCGAUAACGCCCGAACUCAUACUGACUCGCAUCCCGUUGCUUCCAUUCCUCUUCAAGGCCGUCAACAGCUUCGGUUACAUCGCCAAGGCCAUUGGCCCUCAAGAUGUCCUGCAAGUGCUUUUGACCAACCUGCGAGUGCAAGAACGUCAAAGCAGAGUGUGCAGCACAGUCGCCAUUGCGAUUGUUGCCGAAACGUGUGGACCCUUCACGACCAUCCCCGCCAUUCUGAACGAGUAUCGCACUCCCGAUCUCAAUGUCCGCAAUGGCUGUCUGAAAGCGCUCAGCUUCGUUUUUGAGUACAUCGGAGAGAUGGCAAAGGAUUACGUCUACUCUGUGGUCGGGUGUUUGGAGGAUGCGCUGACGGAUCGGGACGCCGUGCAUCGACAGACGGCAGCAGCCAUCGUCAAGCACAUUGCCCUGGGCACGGCCGGUCUAGGUCAAGAAGACAGCAUGCAGCACUUGCUGAACCUCGUCUGGCCCAACAUCUUCGAGACAUCGCCGCACGUCAUUGGCAACGUCAUGGAUGCCAUUGAGGCGAUGCGGGUCAGUCUGGGGCCUGGUGUCCUGCUCAACCACACCCUUCAAGGAAUCGUCCAUCCCGCGCGAAAAGUCAGAGAGCCCUACAUCCGCGUCUACAACAGCUGCUACCUCGGCGCACAGGACAGCUUGGUACCUUUUUACCCCAACUUUCCGGCCGACGAACGCAACGACUGGGUCAGAAAUGAGCUCUACACGUUCUUGUGA